AUGCUCACAACCCUCCCCUUCCUCCUCCUUCUGGCGACCCUCGCCGCAGCGCAAAGCCCGGUCAAAGACUGGGACCAAUGCUACUACGCCAAAGACUCACCCGCUCACCCGUCACUCGUCCCUUGCCUGCCCGAGAGCGACGGACUCGCCAAGCAAGACGGCGACAAGUACGCCAGCAGCUUCUGCUGCUUCGCCGGCGACAACUGCAUCGUCCAGGCCUGCUGGGACAACACUACGGGUGUUACGUACCAAUAUGGCUGCAACGAUCCCACAUACGAGCACAACAACUGCCCGCCGAAGGGCGGUCUCGACAUGGGAAAGUCGCCGUGGAUAGGCCUCGUCCGCUGCAACGACUCGGACAACGAGGGCUUCAACAAGUUCUGGGCCUGCAACCACCCCGACACCUGCGGCGAGAACUGCCCCGUCGACCCCAAGAACCCGCAAAAGACGCAGACCAAGUGGCCCGAGACGAUCCAGAACCUGCCCCCGCUCAAGAAGUACUGCGACGACCUCGGCACGCGCGUGCUCGCCUUCUACGCCUCGGUCGAGAUCAACUCCACCGGCGGCGUGCCCAUCAGCGUGCCGACCGCCGGGAAACUCUCGCCGACGUACCCGGCGCCUUUGGCCAACGACGCCACCCCGUCUUCCCUGACGCGCACCCAGUACGUGGGCACCGUGGAGACGAGCACCCCGUCGCCGACCAACUCGACGGAAGCAGCAGGGGCUGCGGCGGCGGCGGCGUUGAGUGGAGGGGCUAUUGCGGGCAUUGCGGUUGGAUCGACUUUGGGUGUUGUGGCUAUCAUCGCGGGAUUCUUUUUCAUGUGGCGCCGGCGUCGGGCUGGGACGAAGGGUCACCACGAUGUUGCGGCUCAUCCCACGGGAGACAAAGCUACCGCGUACCAUGGGGCAACAGGCCCAGCCGAGUUGGCGCCGCCGGAAGAGAAACGUUACCUCACUCAGCCAAACACACCUUCAACACUCUCGGAUGGAGCGGGCAUCCAUCGACCUGUGUCCGACAUGAGCACGAGCACCGCCGUACCCAGCCCAUUGGGCACGCCGAGAACGCCAAGUUCGCCAUAUUACCAACAGGGGCAAGGAGGAUAUGCUGAGCUGUCCGAGGACGCGAGGGUGGUCCACGAGAUGCCGGCGAUCAACGAGCGGUCUGAGAUGCCAUGA